AUGUGGAGCAGUGUAGUAAAUCUGUUAAAUGGAUUAUACACAGCAUUUGAUGGGAUUAUUGACACGCAUGAUGUUUAUAAAGUUGAAACAAUUGGAGAUGGUUAUUUAGUUUGUUCCGGAAUUCCUCGGAAAAAUGGGAAUGACCAUGCUAAGGAAAUUUCUGAACUUGCAUUUGCUUUCCUACGUACCGUUUCAACAUUUAGAGUUGACCAUUUGCCAAAUGAACGUGUUAAUUUACGUAUUGGAAUACAUACUGGACCAGCAGUAGCUGGAGUUGUUGGAUUGACAAUGCCUCGUUAUUGUUUAUUUGGAGACACUGUAAAUACAGCUAGUAGAAUGGAAUCUAAUGGAAGACCUGGACGUAUCCAUAUAUCAACCACAACUAAUCAUUAUUUAACUAACAUAAUUGGAGGAUAUGUAACAGAACCUAGAGGAGAAGUAAUUAUUAAAGGAAAAGGAGUUAUGGAAACAUUUUGGCUACUUGGACAUUCUGGGGAUUCGAAUAUAGCAUUUGGAGGGUUGCGAAGCGAUAUUGUCGAGACUCCAGAACCGAUUUAA